AUGAAGUUUCAAUUUCUUGAAGGUGUGGCCUCCGUGAGGCCUAUUAUUCAGACAAAGUGCCUGAGGAUUGCACCUACAGGGCGUAGUUUUGUUGCAGCAACAACUGAGGGAGUUUUGGUUUAUUCUGUUGAUGAAUCAUUCAUAUUUGAUCCAACUGACCUUGACAUAAAUGUUACACCAGAGGCUGUUGAAGAAGCUCUUCGUGAAAAUCAACCAAGUAAAGCCUUGAUCCUUAGCCUUCGCUUGAAUGAGGAUUCCUUCAUUAAAAAAUGUAUAUUUGCGGUUAGUCCAGCAGAUAUUCCUGCAGUUGCCACGUCAAUCCCUUACAAAUAUCUCCAACGAUUAGUGGAGGCACUUGCAGAUCUCUUAGAAAACUGCCCACAUUUGGAAUUUAUACUUAGAUGGUGUCAGGAGCUCUGCAAGGCCCAUGGGAAUUCUAUUCAGCAGAACUCUCGCAAUCUGUUACCAUCAUUAAAAUCUUUGCAGAAAGCAAUCACUAAAAUUCAUCAGGAUCUAUCAGAUACAUGUUCCUCCAACGAAUAUAUGCUGCG